CAAAAGGAAGCUACAUUGUCUGACAGCGGGUGAUAAAUCAAAAUUUAUAUCAUUGAAUAAUUAUUGACGGAAAGGUAUUUCAAAUAAACCAAACUUAUUGAUUUAUUAAUUUUGGGAAGGACCAGCAACUUGGAUCUCGUAUUAACAACCUUUGUGUCAUGUGUUUACGAUCUCUACGCAUUGGCGCAAUAUAAACUAAUUAAAUAUAAAUGCUAUUGAAAAACAAAGUGGAUAAUUAAAUACAAAAUAAAAUAUACUGUGAAGUUUUAAAAAUAUUUAAAACUUCGAAAAUGGCAAUGAACAGUCCGGGUUCGUAUACCAAUCUAAAGUCACCCAAGAGUCCACGGCAACUUCCUCAAUUACCUCAGCCAAUUUCAUCGAGUUCUGGACAACGAAGUCCUAAGCUUCCACUUCAAAAUUCAAGCUGUAAAUCACCGAGUACACCACGUGUAUUUGAAUUUCCACCAGAAUAUUAUCCAGAAACUCCGAAUGCAAAUUUUGAUUUUGAUGAUUUUGGAAAAGUAAAUUCUGUUAUAUCGAGUUCACAUAGUAGUCAUUUACCGGAAAGUGGUUCAUGCAGCAAUUUCAAUAGAAGUUCAAGUUUUUAUAGUCAAAAUUCAUCUGUAAUAAAAAGUCCACGCAGCUUAGAAUCGGGUACAUCACCGGUAUUUCAGUUUUGCAAUCCGAAAAAGAGUUUUGGUAAAACUUUGAGUUAUCCACCAAAAAGUCCAGUGUCACCAAGUUCAAUUGGUUCAAUAAUGCGAAGUAGAUCACCAUCGUGUGGCUCAUCACAAAAUUUUAAUCAAAACAAUAAAAAUUCAGUGGAAUACAAUCGUCGGAAUUCAUGUUUAAAUCUACGUCCUGUUAAUUCACCAAAAACAAUCGUUACCUCAUCGUCACGUAGUCCAAGUCCUCGUGCUGCAGAAACAGAUUGUGAUAAAUUUUACAAAGGAACAGAAAAUACGGUAUCAAAGAAACAGGAUAACGACAGUCCAAAAAAUAUAAAAAAAAGACUAGGUAGCUUUCAACUUAACAAGAGUUAUGGUUGUUUAAAUGAGGUCACAGAAAAUAUGUCAAUGAGAUCUAGUGUAAAAAAUAUUUCACGUCGUUCUACUAGUGAUCUUACAGACGCUGCAGCAGUUGACGAAAAUGAAACUGAAACUACUAUACUAUCAAGUCCCAGACGAAGAGGAUCAAUGAAAGGAGGCUUAGCUUAUCUAGCAUCAAGACGAGGUUCUCGAGAUAGUCAAGCUUCAAAUAUCUCAAAUAUCAGCAAUGAAGAUAUUGGACCUCUAAAUUUUAGCGCUCAUCCACGAGGUCGACAGAGGAGAACUUCAAAUUUUCUUGAGUUGCCAGUUCCGGAUCAUAUUCGACCUCGCGUACAUAGUUUACCAGAAAAAGCAUAUAACCCACGUGCUGGUGAUGAUUUAUACAGGCUCAGGGCAUUCAGUAUUACGCAUAAAGGUGUUGUAAAUCGUGGAGAUUCCAUUAUCUCUCGGCGUAGUAGAAGCAACACGUCGGUCAAUAGCAGCAGAAAUAGUAAUGUGUCCGGUGAAAGGUCGCCAUUUGAAGGAUCAUGUUGCAGUGGACAAGGUGCUGUUUGCGACAGUAGUGAAAGUGAAGCUGAAGAAGGUUCUAAGUACAGAGUAGUUCUACUUGGUGAUUCGGGCGUUGGAAAAACUGCAUUGGUUUCGCAAUUUAUGACUAGUGAAUACAUGAAUACUUAUGAUGCAAGUCUAGAUGAUGAAUUUGGAGAAAAAACAGUGUCAAUUCUUCUUGACGGCGAGGAAUCUGAAAUGAUAUUCAUCGAUCACCCUCACGUAGAAAUGAGUUUAGAAAAUUCAUUAUCUACUUAUGAGCCGCAUGCUUGUGUGGUUGUCUAUUCAGUUGUAUCACGUCCAAGUUUUCAAGUAGCUGAAGAAAUGCUAAAUUAUCUUUGGCGCGAGCAUUAUACUCAAGAUCGAUCUGUUAUUGUUGUCGGAAAUAAAUCUGAUUUAGCUAGAAGUCGUACCAUUGACGCUAAUGAGGGAAAACAAUUAGCUACAUCACGAGAAUGCAAGUUUAUUGAAACAUCAAGCGGAAUUCAACAUAAUGUUGACGAAUUACUUGUUGGAAUUUUGAAACAAAUCCGUUUGCGAGAAACACGUGAUAAAAAAUUACGGAGACAAGUUUAAUUUUUUUCUAAUCAAAAUUUUGCUCACCUCGAACGUGAAGUGGAGAGGUAAUGCUCUAUUGUCGCCAAAUUAAAAAAUCCGGGUUCCGGUAAACUUAAAUCAUCUCCAAAAAUUUAUUACAGCACUUAAAUAGAAAAAAAAAUACACUGGUGUGAAGAGGAUAGUCUAUCCCUGAUUCAGAAAUCUAAUUUGGAAUAAUUCAAUCCAUGCUGAAGUGUAUAUCUAUAUAUAGUAGGGUGAUCCAAAAAAUAACAAAUUUUUUUUUUUCUCGACAACAGGUUCAAAAGUUUCAUUUAGAUAAAAAGAGACGCCUGUGAAAAUUAGAGCUCUGAAUAUUAACAUUAAGAGGUUCCUCACCGCACUUUUCUAUUUUCCAUAAGAAUAACAUGGAAAAAUUUUUUUUACGUCUUCUGAUUUUUAUAAGUAGCUAACGAUAAGACAUAGGAAUAAAUGGCAAGCAUAUUUUUGUAGGUAAUUGAAUGCUCUACAAAAAAAAUUUCUUAUCAUUUUUUAACACAUUUUUUUUUGUCAUUUCUUUGCAUUCGCUGAGUCACCAAUGCAAAACUUUGAGAAAAGUAAAAAAAAAAAUAAUUUUUUAAUUUUGAUUAUGAUUACACAAUUAAAGAAACAAAACUUGCUCCUUUAAUUGUUUAGCAAAACUUUGAUCGAUGAUUCCCAAAAAACAGUUCGAUGGAUCAAUUUAAAAUUUUACAGGGGUCUUGGGGGUACAUUAAGCUAAAAAAGUCCCUGGCAACAAUAUUUUUUUUUAUCGAUAUUUGCAGAGUAGCGGUUGAUUUACUAAAAAACCAAAAAAAGUCAUUUUAUUGUACUUACUUCUAAUGGAUGUUAAAAAUAAAAAAAAAUUUUUUUUCCAAAAAAUGAUGACAGGGUCUUGUAGGGAAUUUAUUCAAGUUUUCAACGCCGUCCUUCAAUUUUCUGUGCGAUCAUUGGUACCUGAAAUAUCGAUGAUCAAAGCCAAAAGGAUCAUUUUCUGUUUGAAGGCUGAUAUCUGCGAAAAAUCGUCCUACGAGGUUGAACAAAAAACCAAAUUAAAGCUAGAUAAAUUUGCUAAACGAGCUAUGCAUUCGUUUAGUUCAAAGAAUUUUUCCGCGGUCCGUGGGCUCUUCGGAAAAAAAAAAAAAUUUAGAAAUUUUUUGUUUCGCGGUAUUUCUCAUGUUUGCGCAGUAACCGAAGCUUUUAAAAAAUUUUGAAAAAAAUGCGCCAAAACUAGAGAUUUUAAGCUACAAAACGCUUUUUCUAAAAUCUCGAUACGAUCAUUUUUCACCAAGUUACAGCCUUCCAAAAAUCACUAAAAAAUUUAUAAAAUUUUUCUGCUCUUUUAAUUUUUUGCAUUAGUGUAAAUCUAUUUGUUCAAAAGUUAUUUGAGGUUGAAGUCGAAUUCAUAUUAAAUUUUGAGAUUUUCUUACUUUUCCGGCGAAACUAUCAGACCUAUUACAAAAUAUCAUUGGAUUUUUUUUGUAGACAAUUUUAUUCCCUAGAAGUUAUUUCGAAUAAAGUAUUUUCGGAUUCCCCAUUGUUUUCUAGUUAUUUUUAUUUUAAUGUCAAGCUAAUAAAAUCGAUCAGAAGACUAUUUUUUUUAUGAGCAUGUUUGAAUUAUUUCAAAUUAGAUUUCUGAAUCAGGGAUAGGAAGUAAUAUAUCGAACAAUUUUUAUAUACUUGAAAGUUCUCUUACUAAGUUUAUUAUUAAAAAAAUGAUAACAAUAGUAAAAAUAAAAAUGGCAGCAAAGUUUUCCAAUUUAACAGUUUAACAAUUAAACUAAAAGAAAUUAGAUAGUGAUUUUCGAAUGGGUUCUGGUGUUAAAAAAUACCAAGAUAAUAAAGAAAAAUUUUAGCCGAUUGAUUGUGUCUAUCCGGAGUUAUCGUGUUACUCAGUUUCAUACACGACAAUUGACAACUUGUGUCUUUGGGAUUAAAAUAAUUGAUAUUUAAUUAAUGGAGUAAUCAAUCGACUUAAUAUUGGUGCGAGAUUAUUCUUUAAUAAAUUGUCUUUGUAUUAGUAUACAAUUUAACUCAUUUUAAUGUCGUUAAAAGAGUAUAGAGAGAAUUUAAUGUGAGUGAAUGAGUCGAAAAUAAUAGAUCGAUCAUAAAGCAUGCUAGCGCAUUCGCGCUUAAAGUGCGCAAAAUUUAAGUGGUUUCACAAUUUAAUGAAUUAAUAUUUCCCGGGUAAUGAAUAUAAUUUUUUCAUGGACAUAAAACUAAUAAGAUGCUGGCCGUCUUUGAAUUUUUAAUAUCAUUAAUCAUUAUAUCAUAAAUGAAAAGUUUGUGUAAUUGAAAUAAUGUUAUAAAAUAAUUUUUAUGAUGUCUGAAUAAAUGGAUGUUAGACUAUUUUGUAUAAAAGAUAUCUAAUGAACUGACCAAUCUAUAAUUAAAAGAAUAUUGUAAAAUUAUUUUUAAGUAUUUCAUCUUGUUCGUGUUUGCAGUCGAUAUUUUCAAUAAAUUGGAUUUGUGUCUUAUAGUCUCUUACAGCUAUCAGUACAUAAGAUAUGAGUAGGGCUUAUGAUCAAGACUUAAAAUUGUUAACCUGUGUAGAAAAACUUCGUUCUAAAAAUGUUUCAACAAAGUUUAUAACCGUAAAUUUCCACAUUUGAGUUUUUUGAGAGAAUUUUAAAGUUUGAGUUAAUCAUGUUUGGAACCUCGAAAACGUUAAAGAAUAAAAACAAUUUUCUAGGCACGUUUUUCUAAAUUUGAAAACCCACAAUGAACCUUUUUUUGACUUUUUAUAAGAUUUUUUUAGGAACGAGGUCUGGAGAUUAAAAGGAUUUUUCAUGAUACCAGCAUCGAAACUUGAAGUUUCAGUGUCUCUACAGCCCGUCGAAAGAAGCUAAUUUCAAGCCAAUGCUGCAAACAACUGCUAGCGAAUUAGUAAUUCAAAAAUACCUCCAUACAGCGGGCAGAAACAUGCGUGUUUCUUCCCUUGGGAAGAAACACAAUUGUUUCUGCCUGGUUUCAGUUAUAUUUAAUGUUCAUUUGCAGCCUUAUUACUCUCAUUUGUUUGCUUGUCACUUCAGUUCACUCAUUUUAUUUUUUAAGCGACAGCUUUAAUUAACCAAAUAAAAUUACUAAAAAAUGAGUGAAAAUAAUAUUUUUGUCUUAUUUACUAUUUAAGGGUUUAGUCUAGUUGAUCAUUUUUGAAAAAUCGUUCUUGUUUUUUUUACAUUUUUUUAAUGUAUGUGUAUCCAAGCAUAUUGUGCCAAAUUUUUAUGUAGAUCCGAGCAGCGUAAGUGUAUUUUUCUGAAUCUAAAGGUCGACAAACAUGAUUUUAACAAACUAAUGUUUUGAACAAGAAAAAAGCACUUCGUACGGUGAAGUCAUCGCAG